UUGUUUCCUCAGUCGUCAGGGUUAGUGAAGGAGAGAGCGAGUGAGGGAGUGAGUGAGGGAGCGAGGGAGGUACUUUGUACUUUGUUACUUCGUGGGAACCUUGGCUCUGAUCCUGUCAUUGUGCUCAGUGUUGACCUUUGGCGUGGACCUGGGCACUAGCGGUCUGUUGGAGUAUCAGACUGUUAGAGUAUCUGACUGUUGAACUAUCGGUCUAUUGGACUAGCCGUCUGUUGAACACGAGUUGUAUUGGACUAUCAGUCUGUUGGACUAUCGGUCCGUUAGAGUAUCAGACUGUUGGACCAUCUGUCUAUUGGACUAUCGGACUGUUAGACUUCGGUCUAUUGGACUAUCGCACUGUUGGACUAUCGGUCUAUUGGAGUAUCAGACUGUUGGACUAUCGGACUAUUGGACCAUACACUGUUGGACUAUCGGUCUAUUGGACCAUACACUGUUGGACUAUCGGUCUAUUGGACCGUGGAGAUUUCCCUGUUGUUGUUAGCUGCCCUGUGGAUACUUGCAAGACAGGACUGUGAUUCUCCCUGGCUGGGCUAUUGUUUGUUGUUGUUGUUGUUAUUGUUGUUACGGCCCAAAGUGGUUUUGAACUUAUUUCGGCUGUGUCGUGGGAUAGAGCUAGAUUCUAGAUCUAGUACAGGAUAUCGGCCGGCGUGUAUCGUUGAGUGGUCGUGUGGCGCCGCCUGAUAGAGGCGCAACUACCCCCUUGCAGAUAUGAGGCAUGGGAAGAAAGCCAGCGAACCCUCCCUCCUGGGCGGCCUGACCCAAUCUGCCGGCUCCAAGCACGUGACAGCCCCACGCUCACUGGUCAGCUCCACGGACGGUCAUCUGUCCACUCUGUCCAGCGCGCUCUCCUCGGACGGGGACGUGGUCAAGCUGAGGAAGGCCUCCCACAGGGACAAGGAGAACAGUCUGCCCCAAGGUCUGAGGCCAGUUCCCCGGAGCCCAGCAUGCCGGCCGAGCGCCGCGCGGGUCAAGAGCUGACCGGCCCUGACCACAAGAUGGGAGGUCGCCACAGCCCCUGGACUGACCAGCAGGCAGGGGAGAGGGCCAGCAAUGUGGACACGCCCACCGGGCCGCCUGUCAACGGACACGGGCCCAAGUACCCCACGGGGGAUGUGGAGAAGG